AUGCCACAAGAAAACAACAUGGCGUCUGAAAAAGAUCAAGCAGAGUCUGGAGCUAAGAAGCCACUAAACGAGGAGGAAAGUGAUGGGACGGCAUCGGAUGACUCCAGUGAAAAGGACGCGGAUAGUGAUGAAAAGAUUGAUGAGAAGGAUGAUGAAGAUGAUGGGUCCAUAUCUUCUGAGGAGUCCAAGAAGAAGGAAAAGAAGGUCAAGAAGACCAAGAAGGACAAAAAGAAGAAAAAGAAGAAAGACAAAAAGGACAAGAAGGAGAAGGAUAAAAAGGAAAAAGAAAAGGACAAGGACAAAGAUAAGAAGAAAAAGAAACUUCCACCGGUGGUAGCACCUGACUAUGUUCAUGUGGAAGAAGCGCGUAGCCAUCAUUCCAGGGUUUCGGCCAUUACCAUUCCAAGGGCUCUUCAGAAAAUCGCAAAACACAAAGGAGCCGCAUCGGAGGAUCCUGAUUAUCCUCUAGUUCCGGGUAGCCCAACCGUGACCCUCCCCAAGAUGCUGACUAUCGGUGGUGGUGGUGGUGACCCACACAUGGACGAUUCUCAGAGAUCUGCUCGAAUAUCCUUGCUCUCGAAUGGGCCCGAUGAAUAUCAGAGAUCUACUUCAAUAUCCCUGCUCGAAAAUCCGCCAGAUGAGAUAGGAGAUGGUGUCGAUACCUCAUUGCUCGAUGAUCUUUAA